CCUCCCCCCACAACCACCGAAUCCUCCUCCCACCCUUUGCCGUCACCGCCGGCAGUUAACCGGCGGAUACAGAUACGAAUACGGCACCUGGUCAACCUCAGCAGCCUGCCCCAGCCAGCCACUUCCGCACGCCAAACUUCCAUCCACCUCGCGCAUCAUCUACACUACUAGCCACCCUCCCCCGCCGAUGCUUUCCUAAACGCUUGCCUUCGCCGUCCUUACUAUGUCCUGGCUCGGCGCGCCCUCGGCCACCUCGGCGUCGUCGCUGCGGCAACGCGCGAGCCAGCGCCCCGCCGCCGCCGAGAACGGCCACGGCCAUGGCCCCCCACCCCGCGCCCGUAGACGCAAGCCCGCAGCGCCUCCACUCACCUUCCUCGGAUACGUCCAGGAGGGCUUUCGUGUCUUUGGCGAGCACUGCGCCAGAAACCAAGUCCGUACUCUUCUCAUCGACUGUAUCGUCAUGACCACUCUCUUCUACCCUACCUUCUCCGCCUUUCUUGAGCGGCAGUUUGAUGACGCCGCCGCGGGGCCUGCGCGUGCCCCAGCUCCGGGCACCAUCGGCGCGUCCCGCUCCCCUCUCGCCAUCUUUAGCACUCCACUCGGCGAGACGUUCUUCCCCGAUCCGCCGCCACUCCUCCCAAACGUGCCGUGGGGCCCAUGGUGGGCCAGCGACCCCAGAAGCGACACGGCCUGGGUGGCGGCCACCGGCCCCGCGCCCUCACCAGAAGGACGGAUCGACGUCGAUCUCCUUCGCGUAGCGUGGGCGGACGUCGGGCACGUCCUCGACGGUGUCGAGCGCGCCCCCUGGGGGCAGCGUGACGAUGAGAUUGCCGCUGCUAUCCGCAGCAUUGCCGAGGACGCAUGGGAUGGCGCCGCAUGCGUUCGCCACCUCGUCGACGUCAAUGGCACUGCGUCCGCAGUCGGGCCAUGUUACCUUCUGGCCCCUGACGCCGUUUUCAUCGAGGGCGCGACUCCCAUGUCAGCGCUUUGGAACCUCACCGAAAGCGAGGACCAGGUCUACCGCGGGGUCGCCGUGCCGUUCCAUGUAUCGCGCACACGCUCCUCAUUCGAGGCUGAGUGGUCCGCGCGUCUCGCCAAGGCUCUCAAACCUCUGGGUGCCGAGGUGUUCACCGAAACCUACCCCACCGGUUCCAAUGUCGCCGAUUCCGCACUGAUUGCCUACUCGCCCGGAGCGCGCGACAUCCCAUUCGAGGUAGUUCCUCUCAAGCCGCCAUUCUACGUAUAUGCGCUGUACUGCAUAUUCCUCGUCGUGCUCCUCGCCCAACUUUCCAAUGCCUCCAAGGUCCACUCACGCUUCGGACUCGCGUUCACUGGCGUGGUGCAGCUCUGCUGCUCGGCUGUCAUGUCGUUUAGCGUCCUCGCAUUACUUGGCUGGAACGGCUGGGGCUGGAGCAAGGGCAAAACAGUUCUCCCGACCUACAUGCUUCCUUUUGUCGUUAUCAUCGUCGGAGUGGAGAACAUGUCAACCCUGACCAAGGCCGUUUUCUCCAUCCCCUUCAGCCACUCGGUUCCCGUUCGCAUCGGGUUGGGACUGCGCAAAGUCGGCACCACGAUCGCAAUCACAUCUCUCACCGACCUGGCGGUACUUGGCAUUACUUUCCUGGUGUUUCACAUACAGCCGGUACGGGAGUUUUGCGUGUUCGCGGCCGUCGUUAUCGUGACGGAUUGGUUCAUGUUGCACACCUUCUUCUUGACGGUCCUGUCAAUCGACGCCCAGCGCCUCGAGCUGGCCGACGUUCUUUCCUCGAACGGCGGCCUGUCUGCGGUGGAGGAAAAGAAGCGCGACGAGGAGGCAGCGCGCCGCAAGGCAAGCCGCCCGGCGCGUUUCCAGUGGCGCAGCUUCUUGAAGGGACGGAAGACGAAGGGCGUAAGCCUGAUCGUGAUCCUCCUCUUCAUUUUCUCUCUCUACUACUGGAGCGAUUCGUCGCGAUCAGCAAGCACUGCGGCAGUAUCCUUCUACGGCUAUCAGCCAACCGCGACCACGACUUCGGCGUACGCAAGCCCCACCAAAACUGCGGGCCUCGAGCUUGCGACUCUGUCUCUGUCCGAGGCGUUUUGGCGCGCGCUCAAUCCACGCGGCUUCCAGUCCAUCCGCAUUGGAAUGUCGCCUUCCUCGAUCGCCAUUCUACCCCGCGCUGGACACUCGAUGUUGCCAGCCGACAUCCGCAGACUUACAGUGCCACCCUGGAACGUCCGCCUCCCCUCUUUCACGCCUGUCUGGAACUUCAUCAAGCUGGUCAUUAUCCCUCAGACUGCGACCGCGUUGGCCUUGUACGGCCUUCUGCUCUACCUGCUCAAGGACUCUGACCUCUUGGCCUCGCAGCGAAAUCGCCUGGGCCGCGGCGAAUCUGCAAGUGAUGACGAGAGCGACGACGGCGGCAGCUCGCCAGCCAUGGAGAUGCAAUUCCUCAGUGGAAAGCAGCCACCCAUGGCUACGCAGAUUGGCGUGCACAUGCUACCCGCGAGCCACGAAUCCGACAUCGACGUUAUCGCUGCUAGUGCCGACGGGCGGCUGGCCGUCUCAGUGGGUGUGGACAACUCGAUCUGCCUGUGGCGCUUCUCGGCCGAUGAUCAAGCUGCAGGCACACGCGAGAUGGUUCCUACCGAACUCGGCAGCGGCGAUCCGAUCGUCGGCGCCGCAGUGAGCCGCGAUCGCAUGUGGGUGAUGGUCGUUUCUCGGUGUGGGCGGUCCCAGUUCUGGAGAACCCCGGAAGACGACAAGACGGAGAGCGUGUCUUGUGUCAAGAUCGGCUGCGGCAACGGCCGUGUUGCUUCCGUCCUCUUUGACGACGCACCCGUUCCUGUCGACGACCCGUUUACGUCCUCGCCAGUAUCUGCUGCCAGUCCAGGACCUCUCCGGCGCCCAACCCUGCUCGUUGCAAUCUCGGACGGUAGUGUGCGCGCACUCCGCGACGAUGACACUGUCGUGGACCUUGUCCCUCCAGCGAAGGACGAAGGCCCACAUACCACGGACAUAUUCGUAGAGGAUGGCAUCCUCGACAUUAUCGUGAGAUCGCUCUCGACGACCACCCUUUGGAGCCGACAGCAUGGUGAAUGGUCUUCCAUGCCUCUGAUUUCGUCGCUUGACGAGUCGGAUCGCGUCGUUGCCAUCGGCCACGCUCCCGCACGCUGGCGAGGCCACAAAGUCCGCCUCAUCGCAUUGGGACAUCGAUCAGGAAACGUUGAAAUCAUCGACACGGACGGCGAGCUGGUAACAUUGCUCGCGCUGUCUAACGAUCCAAUCCGAGCCGUUGACAUUGGGGCGCCGCACUCGACUCGUUGUACAUCGUGCGACAUCCACUCAACCGAGGGCUUCUACGUUAUCGCCUCGACAUCGUCGACCGUGUACGUCGACCGCAUCUUGUCUAGAACUGGAGGUCCGUUCUGCCGCUGCGCACCGGCGCGCCGCGCUCAAGCGCUCGAAGAUGCCAAGGCAUUGAUUCGCGCGAGCGUCGUCUUCCCGCCGAUGCCCGUGCGAAGCCGCUGCCUGUCAAAUGGCUUCUCCAACCCCGCGGCUGCGACCAUGGGCUUGUCUCCCAGCGCCAUGGGUACGCCUGUCAAGUCAUCCCUGGCACCGCCUGGUGACUUCCCCGUUUCCUCCCAUGGAGCGCGGAGGUUGAGUGGGUGGCGGGAAGAUAACCGACCACCCUCGCCGCUGGACAGAUCAGGCUCAUUCACGGGCCUGAACAACAUGAUCUUACCUGUCGAGGAGACGACAGCUCUGUCAGCAGACAGCCGGUGGAUGGACGCCGGCAUUCUGCCCCUUGGAGGAGUGGAAGCGUCGGAGGGAGGAUGGGUGUUGGUCGACAACGUGGUUGUCGGCCUGUUGCGUAAAGGCAGCGGCAUCGACGACUCGCAGUGGGAGCUGUGGGCGCUCGACCUCGCGAGCCCGUGGAACGGCUUCAUCCUGAUGGCUGAAGCAGUGUCAUUGGACGCAAUCCAGCGCAAGACGCGGGGCACGUCUCCACGGAACGCGCCCUCGACCUCGUCGGAGGGCGAGCUGUCGAUGCGCGCGCGCCGUGCGGAGCGCAUGCUCAGCAUGAACGGCCGCGCCUCGUUCCCCUCGAGCGCAGGCAGCUUCACUGUCCCGACCCACCAGCCGCUGGGGUACGUCUCCGUGCGGCCGUUCACGGCGGGCGGCCGCGCCGUCCUCGCCGGCUUUGGCAACCGCGUUGGCGUCCUCACACUGCCGCCGUUUAAGCCGGCGCCGCCACCGACAGCCGCACCAAAACCCGCUAUCGCGAUAACCACCCCGCAGCGGAACGGCCUCCCUACCCCACCACCACAACAGCAGCUGCCCCCUCCACCCCCGCCGCAGCUCCAACUCGCCCUCCCGCCCCGCCCGCCACGGCGAUCGCAUGACCCCGCGUCGGGAAACGGGAACGGGAACGGCGCGAGUAUAGUACACAGCCCGGCGAAGAUUAAUUAGAGAUAGUCGAUUGGGAACAUGUUGUUUGUACUGUAUUGAGUAGAUGAUGCAGUGGGCGCACAGCGUCGUCCUCAAAGUCCAGCAGGCGGGCCAGCGAAGCGAUGGCUUAUCGAUGGGGCUGGAAAGGAGCCUGGUACAAAUCAGCAGCG